CUGGCGUGUGCCUGUUACCAUGGUAGCCAGCGCCGCUAGCUGCCGGCUCCUCCAGCCUGGACAGUCUGGAGUUGGCGCGGCGGGGUCCCGGAGCCCUCGAGUGAGGUUUCAGGGUCUUCCCAUGGCUUCGCGGGACAGCCUGGACUCGGUAACCAAAAGAAGGCGAUUCUGGCGCUGCCCCACCCCGGCCGCUGCUUGCACCCCAGGGACCUGCGAGCUGCUCCGAGAAAUGAUGAAGGAGUCCAAACUGACUAACUUCCAACAGCGCCACAUCAUGGACACCAUAAAAAGAGGAGCCCCUUUGCCCCUACAGUGCAGCCCGACAUCCAGCCAGAGGCAGUGUGCAUCCAAGCAGCCAGCCAAAGCCAUCUGUCUGCCUCCCAUCCUGGCGGCACGCUCCCACCUCCGGCCAGCCAGCAAGUGCCAAGCCAACGGGGCCUACAGCCGUGAGCAGUUCAAGCCUCAGGCUACCAGGGAUCUGGAGAAGGAGAAACGGAGACUCCAAAGUAUCUUUGCCACUGGGAAGGACCCAGAGAAAUGGGGGAAAAAAGCUCCCCCUGUGCCACAGAAGGACCCAGGCCCUGAGCUGGACCGGUUUGAAGAGCUGGUAAAGGAAAUCCAAGACAGGAAAGAAUUCCUGGCGGCCAUGGAGUCCCUGGGUCAGGACAAGCAAUACCGAGGGAUCAUCCUGGCUGAAAUCUCCCAGAAACUACGGGAAAUGGAGGACAUUGACCGAAAGAAGAGCGAGGCUCUUAAGAAGGCUCUUGCCACCACUUAAUGUGAGAUAGUGACAGGCCAACUCAGUUGGACCAGGUCCACUCAUCCACAUCAGAGCCAAGUGUCAAGGCACUGUUUUGGCCUUCAGUAAGCCUAGGGUACAAACAGCACUGCCCAGAGUUGCUGGUGCCCCUAAGCCACCCACAGCCACAGCCUCGGCCUUUUUUAGGGAAAAGAGUCCAGCACAGCAAGGUGAAGGCCAGGCUCACCACCUUGGACAUACAUCUAAGGACACUUAGGCUCUCGUCCUUCCACCACCAACCUCUGGUGUCCUGCUCCUUUCCUUUCUGAGGCUAGAAGUGAAGCUGAUGUCUUCCUUCCUUCCUACCUUCCUUCCUAUGCCUUAGGAUUUACUUAUAUGAUUUCUUGUAGCCUUGGGAAGGUGUCUAACCACAAGAAUUCAUUAGCCAAUAAAAUACAUUAACUUGGUCAUUACACACACUA